GUCCGACACCGAACACUUGGAACUGCGGCGUGUCGUCGAAGUGACGAGAGAAGCGCUGCCAACAUUGCCACGUAAUUGCGGAUCGAUAAACAAAUCUCUGCGGUGGCCGCAAAUCCAAGUAUUUUAACGCCAAAUCGUUUAAUAAAAUUGUGAUAUUUAGUAUUCUCAUUAGUUCAGUGUGAUAAAAUACACCGACUCCGUGUGGAUUAGUUUAAACUGCGACCGCGGCAGGUAAAUAAAGUGCGCAUUAGAUAAUGACUUGUGUGUUGUUCGCGAGCCAAGUUUCGACGGCCCCCUCCCGCCCUGGAACAAGUUCUACUCGUUGAUUCCGUAGCGUCCAUAUUUGUGUAUCUCUGGCUGGCCAGACUGAUAUGGAGCACUAGCGACGAUGCGCGUCCCCACCCCCUCCGAGCCGAAGCGUAACACAUUUCCUACCUACCAAGUGCCUCAAGAGUCAGCCAUGAGGGGCCGCGCACCCCGCCCAGUACAACCGCAGCAGCAGCAAGAAGAAGAAGCAGUAGUAGUCGCUGGGGUGAGGCGGGGGGGUCGAGCCGACCCCCCGCCACCAGCCCCGGACGCCCUAGCCGCCGCCCUCGGCAGCCACGGCGUCGCCCCGUCUGUGAUAAUCGGCUCUAGUUGCGGCCCCCUCCUCGGCCCCAACUCUAACGCUAAGCUUCAAUCUGUGACCGAAAAUUAUUGUCUUCUGAACUCUAUCACCGUACCAAAAAUACAACGUAAUGACCGUGGGCGCGAUGGUGGCGCCACGGUCGCCAACAAUAAUAAUAAUAAUAUUGAUACUAAUGUAGAUAGCGAUAAGUUAUUAGGCGAUAGUAGUAAGUUUGGUGCUUUGCCCCUCAACGGACGAGACAUUCCCAACCAAAAGUCUGAAGACCUCCAAGUACUCGACGACAAAGACGACGACGACCUCAAUGCACUCAUCACGCCGAAUGGAACUGCGAAAAUCUGCGAUAACAACGACAAGGACGGAGGCUCUGCUAGAAACCAAGCCCCGUGUUAUAAAAUGCAAAAGUUGCGCACACCUGUGUAUUUCGUUCCCUUGAGAUUAAGAGGUGGCGGUGAGAGCGCUCUCAGCACCGGAACCUCAGGCUGGGGAACGCCACCAUCUCAACAAGCCAGUAAUAAUAAUAAUAAGUCAAAUUAACAACAAUGCCAACGGCCAACAACCCCCACGACGCAAUCGAACAACUCGGUGUGGCCGCAGGCCGGGUCAAAACCGGCCGUGGCCGGCACUAAUGGGCCGCCAACUUCCGGCGGCCCCGGCCUCAACAACAACACCCCGAACAAUACCACGCCGAACAACGCCACCAACACCACCAAACAACAGCUCGAGCAACUGAACAAUAUGCGCGAGGCCAUAUUCAGCCAGGACGGAUGGGGUGGCCAACACGUGAACCAAGACACGAACUGGGACAUCCCCGCUAGUCCCGAACCCUCCAUGAAGAUGGAGGGCGCCGGUCCUCCCACCUGGAAGCCGGCCGUGAACAACGGCACUGAUUUGUGGGAGGCCAACUUGCGCAACGGUGGCCAACCGCCACCGCCGCCUCAGCAAAAGACACCCUGGGGCCACACGCCCGCCUCCAACAUUGGGGGCACGUGGGGAGAGGACGACGACGCCACUGACAGCUCAAACGUGUGGACGGGAGUGCCUAAUAACCAGCAACAGUGGGGAGGCAACAAUAGCAACAAUGCUAUGUGGGGAGCUGGUGGUAACGCUUCCGGAUGGGGCGAUCCACGUGCCGCAGCUGAUCCUAGAGCUACAGCAGCUGCGGCGGCCGCGGUUACGAUGGACACCCUGCGCCCUGAUAUGAGAGCAGUAGCUGCAGCUUCUGGUCUCGAUCCGAGACAGCUGGACCCUCGCGAACAGAUCCGCCAGAUACCCGGAGGAGACAUGCGAGGCGAUCCCAGAGGAAUAACUGGACGCCUUAAUGGUGCCGGAGCGGAAUUCUGGGGUCAAUCUGGCCACCACGGCGGACCCAGCGGCAUGCACCACCAGAACAAGAUGCCCAUCGGCCCGGGCAACACCGGAGGAUGGGAGGAACCGUCACCCCCGUCUCAAAGACGCAACCUUCCCAACUACGAUGACGGGACGUCUCUGUGGGGUAAUCCACAGCAAGUAGCGCCUCGCGCAGGCCCCCACUGGAAAGAUAUGCCUUCGGGCGCGGGCGGCAUGGGCGGCGGCAGAGGUGGUCCGCCAGGCAUGGCGCCCGGCCGUAAACCCGACGGCGUUUGGGGAGGCGGCGGUGGCGGUGGAGGCGGUCGCAACGGCUGGGACGACGUAGGCGGUGGACCCGCGGGCGGCUGGGGCGACGAGCCUGCCGCCCCUUGGGCCAAACAGCAGAAGGGACCGGGAGGCCUGUGGGACCAGGCCGGAGACAUCGAGUGGGGCCACAAGUCGCAGAAGAUGCCUCUUACCAAGGAGCAGGUGUGGAAUUCGAAACAGUUCAGGAUGCUGGUGGAUAUGGGGCACAAGAAAGAAGAAGUGGAACAGGCCCUACGCGUCCGCGAAAUGAACAUGGAAGAGGCCCUGGAUCUAUUGAGCCCUCUCAGAGGCAGAGGCAACGACGGUUGGAGCGUGACCAACCGCCACGACGACCACUUCGACCAUCCGCAAUACCCCGGCGCUCAGCGGGGAUUCCCUGGCCUGGGAGGACCGGCGGCUAAUCCCUUGGGAGGCGGCUUUCCUUCGGGAGGCAACACCGCUCCUGGUCUACUGAACAGCAUGGCCGGAGCCGGUGGACAACCCAACGGUUCGUUGAUCAACAACAUUUCGCCAGCCCUGGUACAAAAAAUGCUGACGCAACAAGGCGGAGCCGGUGGUGUGGGAGGUGGAGGUUUCGGAGGCCCGUCCGCAGGCCGUCCUAUGCAGCCUCAGAACCAGCCUUCUACUCAACAGCUUAGAAUGCUCGUCAACCAAAUUCAGAUGGCCGUACAAGCUGGGUACUUGAAUCAUCAGAUCUUAAAUCAACCGUUAGCACCUCAAACGUUGGUUCUUCUCAAUCAACUCCUUCAACAAAUUAAGAAUUUACAGAACCUCACUCAACAGCAGAUCGCAGCUACUACCUCAAAAGGAAACCUACCGAAUAACACGCUUAUGCAGUAUUCCGUUCUCAUCACGAAAACGAAACAACAAAUCAUAAAUAUUCAGAAUCAAAUCCAAGCCCAACAAGCACAUUACGUUAAGCAGCAACAAGGAAUUGGGUACGAUUCAUUCAAGGCGGCACCUAUGCACGAAUCUAUAAAUGCCCUCCAGGGAAACUUCGCUGACUUGGCUCUGAACAAAGACCCGAAUCAGCAACAAUCAAGACUUAAUCAAUGGAUUAGCAAAGACAAAGAAGAGAACAGCGAAUUUAGCAGGGCGCCUGGUUCCUCUUCUAAGCCAGUAGCUACCUCGCCCAAUAUGGCUCCACUUGGAUUAACUCAAUCGGACGGUCCAUGGUCAAGUGGACGCUCCGGUGAUACGGGUUGGCCAGAUUCCAGCGGUGGUGAUACUUCGAAUGACGUAAAAGACGCACAGUGGGCAACGACUGCUCAACCUUCCCUGACUGAUUUAGUACCUGAAUUUGAACCUGGAAAGCCCUGGAAAGGCAAUCAAAUAAAGUCUAUUGAAGAUGACCCUACUAUUACGCCCGGAUCUGUAGUGCGUUCACCGUUGUCAAUCGCCACUAUCAAAGAGAACGAACUUUUCAGUAUUAACGCGAACAAGAGUCCUCCAGCUACCGACGCGAUGCAACCGCUCAGCUCAACCACGUGGAGCUUCAACCCGCCCACCACUAAUGCUUUCACAAGCAGUCCUCAAAUCAAACUGCCCAGCAGCAGGGGCGGCCUCGGCGACCUGAACCCUGCCACAGCUGUCACCUCGGAGCUGUGGGGGGCGCCCAAGUCGCGCGGCCCGCCCCCUGGCCUAUCGGCGAAAGGAGGCGGUGGCGGCGGAGGAGGAGCCUCCUUGGCCAACGGCUGGACCGGCCAGUUGGGCGGAGGCGCGGCCUCUUGGGGAGGCAGCGCCGGCGCGGGACAGAGGAACUCUGGAAAUUGGGGCGGCAGCGGAGGCGGAUCCUCGCCGUGGCUGUGGCUGAGGAAUUUGACGGCGCAGAUUGAUGGAUCUACACUAAAGACGUUGUGCAUGCAACAUGGUCCUUUGCACAGGUUUCACCUUCAACUACAUCAAGGAUUUGCUCUUGCCAGAUACUCAUCUGUUGAAGAAGCCACAAAGGCUCAGACUGCUCUAAACAAUUGUGUACUUGGUAACACUACAAUUUUGGCUGAGAAUCCUACUGACUGGGACGCCAAUUCGCUUUUACAAAGCAUUGCCAAUCAACAAGGAGGCUCUUCGGGAGGAUGGCGCAAUUCUUCUUCUAAGCCAGGUGGCGACACGUGGAGCACAGGUUGGUCCAACAACCCCUCUAGUCUAUGGACCAACUCCUCCCUCGACAGCGCCGACCCCGCCCGGGCCACGCCCUCCAGCCUCAACUCGUUCCUGCCCAACGACCUGUUGGGCGGCGAGUCCAUGUAAAACGAACUAAUACUGAGCGACAACAAAAAACAAAGAGGUGAAAAGAAAAACAUGCUAAGAACAAGCGAUAUUAAAACAAAUAGUUAAGCUCUAGUUAGAAAGACGCGCUUUUUUCACGUUUAACUAUAAGUUUUACACAACAAAAUUUUGUUGAUAUUUACCAUUUUGACUCUUUUAUUGUUAUUGUAAAUGUAUAUUAUUACAUACCGACUUUUACGCGGCAAUUUCGAAACGAUUGUUGUUUUUAGAAUGUUUUUUGUUUUUUUUUAUUAUUACGGUUUAGAUUAUAAAAUUUUAGGGCAGGCGGUUAAACCAAAUGUAACGUGAUUCCUGUAUAUUGCGAUAUGAAAUUGAAAGAAGAUUUUUAUUUAUUUUUGAAGUUGCCAUUUGUUUUUUUUCUCUUUCUAUUAAUCAAAUAUGUUUGUAGUAUUUUAUUAUUUUCGAAUUGGCUAUAGCUUGACAAUGGGGAGGAGGGAGAGUAGCUUUAAACUGAAAAUGAAACCGGUCGUCGCGCGACCAGUUUUCUUUUUAUCAUGAUAAGUGACUUAAAAUGAAUAGACACGAUCGCCAACGCGUUCGGUACUGAGCUCAAUUUUCAAACGCACUUAGCGACCUAUAUAGAAAAAAAUUGAAAAAAAAUCAUAUAAAAUGUAACCCGAACUAGUCCACUUUAAGCAAGGUUUAAGAUUUAAUAUAUUGUAUAUUGAAAUAUAUAUGUAUAUUAUGUGACCAAAACACUCAUGAUAAUUAAUUACAUUUUAUAUAUAUUUUGAGCUCUUAGACGUAAUAAUAUAUUAUAUUAGACUUUUCUCGUAAUUGCAUAUUUUCCUAAAUAUUAACACUAUUAUAUAUUAUAUUAUUAACGUUGUUUUAGUUGUUUAAUCGUAAUUUAAAGUACCUAAGUUAUUUUUUACGGACCCGGUGUGGUUACAAUUAUUUUCGUGGCAUGUGUAUCCUAUUUCUUUUAUUAUUACUAUUAAUAAUUAUUUUCGAGCGUUUUUAUGCAUUUGCUGGGGUAUAUUAAGUACGAUGAGGGUGCUAGUUUUCGUUUCUUCUAUCGUAUAAGGGGGCGUGACUCCGAACGGGCCCCGCCCAUUCGAACUCCGCCUCCACUCUCUAUCCCCGCAGAACCUGUGAUCUCUUAUUCCUGAUAUAUCAAAAUACACUUACAAAUAUACAUGUUUACGUAAGCUGUUAUCUAAAGUAAUUUUUUGGGUUGGAUUAGUCCCAAAAUAAAAAAAACACCACACAAUCAGUUUUUAGACUGCACGCAAAAUGAAAAGUAUUCAUAAACUUAGUAAUAAAAUUCUUAAAAAAAGAAAACACUAAAAAUAAAACCAAUAUAUCGUUCUAAUUAAUAAUAAAAUUUAAUAUAUUAUAAUAUACCCUUAUAAUUAUAUGAUAAAUGUGUAUUUAAUGGAUGUGUUAGCCGUAGACAUUGAAUAUCGUUACAUUUUUUAGUCUGUAUACUGUGAUUGUCUUCGAUCACAAUAAGAGAAACAAAAACGUGUUAUUGUGGUGUUCAUACGAGAUUCAACUUUAUAGCUAACAGUGUGGAAGGGAAUGAAAGACGCCUAAAAGUCUCCUUUUCGUUAUUUUGAACAUUCGAACAAACAGGGUUGGCAAAUGGAAAGCAAGCGAGCAAGCUGGUCGUUUUUAGUUUAGUUUUAAUUUUUACGAUUAUUUUUAUUGAAUAUCUAAUAAAUAUAUAUAUUUUAAAAGUGAAUUUGCGAGGCACUCUACCCGGUUUUUGCCUUAACAAUGCUGCUGUUUGAGCUGUGAUGUAUUUUUGGACUUAAAUAGAAUUUAAACCGCGUUAGGUUUCAUCGAGGAUCAUCUCAUUUUUCCACUACUUACAAAUAAUUCGCGUAAGGCAGCUGAACUAAGAGCGGAAUCGAGUCCAAAUCGCCGAUUUUUUUUUUCGGUUUACAUAGAACUAAACGAAAAUUUUCUGAAAACUUAACAUUUUGGGCUUUGAUCAGUUUAAAAAAGUUCUGAAAAUAUGAGGUUAUAAAGUUUUCAACGCCUUGACAAGGGUUUGACUGUUAUCUGACGUCAAAAUCUGAUACGUCAUUGAAAGAAGACAAAAUAAAAUUAAAAACUAGUCAACAAGAAGAACAUAUUUUUUGCAAUAAAAUUUUCUUAAUAUUAAAACUAUUGUCAAAAUUGUCAUAAAUUCUUUACUAUUUUGGUACGGAGUACCAAUCUAGUUUAUAUUUUAUAAAUUUUAUGCUCAACUAUUCAUAAAAACCUAGGUGCAAUCAAAGUUUAUAUCCAGUGUAUAUACAUAUAAAUCCUCAUAAAGCUUUAUCGUGAUGACGUCUGUUUCUCGAUUUGAUAAAAAAAAUAGUUAAUUUGCAACGUUAAAGAAGAACUUCAAAUGAUUCAUUAAAUAAUCAUGGCAAAAUUUGAACUAAAGUGUAGAAAAAGUAAAAUUUUCGUUUAGUUCUUAACAUAAAAAUAUAUUUUGUUCGAUUCCGAACCCGUUACUAUCCUGAACUUAUAUUUAUUGAUCGCAAGUAUUUAUCUAGUCCUUUUUUAUCUCGUGUGUUUUUAGUGUUGUUUCCAUUUGCGCAAGUUACCUAAGAAAACUCUAGUUAGGCGAAAAGACUGAAGCGAAUAAAGUAAAUCAUGAAAUUGUUGUUAUUUUAUCGUGUGCAUUUAUAUGUCCCGUUUGGUGCGGUGUUCAAACUAACUCGAGACGCGAAGAGCCAACCUUUCGUUUGGUAUUCACAGGAGAAAAAGAUCAUUUGAAUGAACUAACAGUUUUAAAAAAGAGUACAUAACUGUGCUGUGACUUUUAAGUGGCUUUUUAAUUUUUAAAAAUAACCAUAAAAAACAAGAAAAAAAACUGUUUCUUUUCUUACUUUAUUAUUAGCUUUUAAAAAUGUCGAACGUCAGCUUGGUGGAUUAAAGAACUCAUCAUACAAGUCAUAUCGUGCACAAAUAACGGAACAAUAAUCGAACUUAUAUCAGCGGGAGACGAAAGAGAAAAAUAUAAAUUUUAUUUUUUUGAAAGCAAGCUAGAUUCGAUCACAAUUUUUCUAAAUCGUAACGUUUAAUCCACCCGGCGGACGUUUGUUGAAUUUAAUGGUGCAAAAUUGGCUGUUUUUUCCUAGCCGGUCGUCACACACAUGCUUUAAAUAAUUAAAAGGAAAUUAAAUGAUAAAACGAGGACGCUUUAUACGAAAACCUUCUAGGAAAAAAUAAGCCUCUCUCAAGUUCCAAUAGAGAAUAUUUAGUAUCUUAUUGCCAAUUUACAUUUUAGUAUAUAUGUAUUAGACUUUAGGUAUUACGAUAUUAAUUAGUAUUUAAGGAAUUUGGUAGUAGGGAUAUAAAUGUGUGUUCUUAUAUAAUCAAUCGGACAACCACAAAACUCUGAAUCAUACGUUUUAAUUAUUAGAUUGUAAUAUGACCUAACCGCGAAAAGACUCGUACGAUGUGCGCUAUUUUGCGAGCCUAGGUGUGCGAAAGGGCUCACGCAAGCCCUACCCCAUUUGUAAACACCGAGGCCUUCAUCGGGGUGGUUUCGAUUGGUGCGAAGAAAUGAUAGUUACCCGCGUUCACGUGCAUUCGGUUCGCUCAAUUAACCACCCUCUCUUUAUUUUUCGAAAAAAUGAAAGAAGAUGGUACGACUUUUUUUCAUAUCUUUAUCAAACUGGGCGAAGAACAGAGUCGAUCUUCAGAUUUUGACCAUACUAUGCGCAAUAAAAGGGGCUGAACAAUUUGUUUUCACUCUGCUCACGAAUAACUAUUAGGGAAUAAUUACAAAAUCCUCUUUCUCUCUAUAUAUGUAUGUUUAAGUGUAAUAUAAUUAUAUUUUUUAAUAUAGUACUGAAAUCCGCCACUACAAAGUACCACUUUAUCAGGUUUUCGGUUUGAACUAAACGGUACACACCGUUCGUUCCUAUUUAGGCAUAUCGUUUCCUUGGAAAAGCCUAAACUUUCAGCUAUAGAGAUGUGUCUCAUAUAUAAAGUCUGAGACAGAUUUUUUCUAUUCACAAUGCUUAGAAAAUUGUUUUUUUUUAUAUAAUACACCCAUGAUACAAGAACGGUUAGAUAAGAUAUUAUGUAGUAUGUAGUGGGCGGAGCUUAACAGAAAAUUACUACGUGACGUCAUGUGGGCGGAGAACAAAUUUGCGACCGCCAAGGAUCUUAUCUUCCGUUAUUUGCUGUCCUCCAUUCGCGAAUUUCAAGUUCCAGAGCUUUACGCCCUGGGCUACUCGAGAACGGUUCUGAAAGGAGCUGUGCGCGAUAGCCUGGUGUCUUCAUAUGGCGCGGUACAGUUCUAACACAGUUCUGAACUUUAUGACUCAAUUGAAUGGAGGGAGAGUAUCGCGUUCUUGAACAGUUCAGAGCUGCACAACUGCGUGAAUGGAGAACAGUAAUUGUAUCAUGUAAUACACCAAAAUACUUUAUUUUAAAUUCUCUAAAAAGAGUUGAGAUAUUUUUUUGACUCUCAAGUAUUGGGAUAACUUUUAUUAUUUCUGUAUCUGUGUCUUAUCAUUAUUACUUCACUAUUUAGAAUGCAUUUUAUCGGUAAAUAUCUAUUUAAAAUUUGAGUUACAUUGUUUUACAUAUAAUUGACGCAUAUUUUUAUACAGACCUGGACAUACCAAAUCGGUGGUCUGGAUUUUAGCUAAAGAGCGACAAGUGGGCUGAUAAUUUCUAUGCGGUAUUGCCGCAUUUUUCAAUAAAACUUAAAACUAAACAAGGCGUUUUGAACAGUCUUGCAGCAAGGGUUAGACCGUUAUUAUAGUCACGUAAUCUUUUAAAUUCUAUGGGUGCUUAAAUCAAAUGUAAGAACCGGCAACUCUGCACUUAUUUGUAUCUGUCUUAUCAACUGGUUAUAACUACAUAAGUCAGUCCUUUAUCUCUAUUUUACUCAUUAAAAUACAGACCACCGAUUUAGAUCAGACGGUAUGUAUACUUAUCUGACUACUAGUAGUAGUCAAUAAAUACACGAACAGCUUGGGUGUAAAAAAUCUCUUGAACUGACUUUAUAUGUGUGAUACUAACUAUACUGAAAUUUUAGGGGGCAGUUAACGAAACCGAUUAUAGUAAAACAAUAAUGAAUCAAAAACCAAACAGUUUACUCACCUAAUGCUUUGAAGUGGAUUUUUACCAGUGAUCUAUGUAUUAAGUUAAGAUAAUUUGACAGUUGUAGAUAGACGCCACUUCACACAAACUGAACGGUAUUUUUCGGCGGUCAUCUCCAACUGCCAAAGCAGUAUUGUGAUUUACUUACUAAUUUAAUGAAUUUAAAAUGAAAAAUUGAAAUUAUAAAUUUUGCAUUUUGGUGUGAAACUCUUAAAAUGCGAAUUUAUAUUCCAGUAAUUGUUUAUGUCUGAUAUUCGUGUACCUUUCAAUAUGUAGGUUAUAACGUUGUUUAUUUAAAGAAAAAAAUAUAUAUUAUUAAAAAAAAACAAAAAAAAACUUAGACUAUAAGUAUAUUAUAAGCUCAGCUUAAAUAAAUAUCAUAAAUUAAGUAGGAUAGAUUCUGCACAACAACAAAAGAAAAAAAACUACAUGUGGCUGAAAAGUAACCUUAUUCUAGAACACAUCAGACGACCCCCAAAAAUAUCUCGGAGCAAUUUCUGAACAGAGCUGAACCUUUGUUACCUGAUCUUUUGCAAUACAUUUAACAGCAACGAAGGAACACAUACCGUUUAUGUACAACCAGCAAAUACUUGAUACGUAACUUAAAAAAAAUGAGAAAAAAUUAAACCAAAUUACUUAAAUCCGCGCGCGAACUUAGCUAAUUUUAAUGUUGUAAAAGAAAGGAAACGAGAAAAAAAAGAACCGUUAGUAUUUGAUUUAGGUUUACAGUAUUUGUGAUCAAAGUGCCACUUGUGUUUUCAAGUAUAUAUUAUAUAUUUAAUCAUUGCCACUAAAUACUAUAUAUAUUACAUAUAUAUUAUUAAUUAAAGAAUAUAUUAUAUAAUGAACAUUAUAGUAGUGGUAAAUUAGAAUAUGAAUGGCACCAAGGUGUCCCUAGUGUAGUAGACUAUUCUCGGUGUUCGGUAGUUCUUAAGAGUUGUUUUACCCUGUCUUGACCUAAUAAAUAUUUUUCGAAAAAAAACAUCCUCUAUAUCUAAAAAAAAACGGGAAAUAUUCCUUCCGUUUCAAGACUUAAUUAUAAUCGUACUGAAUUUUUGUUGUGCACCUAAACUAAGGAAAAAAGCUUCUCUUUUUGUUUUGGAGGAAAAAAUGCCAAAGUUGUGACAGAAAAUCCCAUCGACUCUUAUUUUCCAAAAUCAUAUCAGUAAUAAUAAUAAAUUUAAUACCUUGAAACUUUCUGCGAUACACCUAUUGGGGUAGAAUAAAGAAAAAAAAAACGUUUUUGUUUAUUAAUAACAAAGUGCGAAUUCAAAUCGGUCUUAAUGCAACUUUGACAAGGUCACAUUUAAGUCUGCCAAAAGUGUAAUCCUGACUUAUAGAUAAUAUAAAUAUAUAGAGUUAUUUUUAUGAAUCGGCAAUAAUAAUACGUUUAAUUUUUAAAGUAUAUAUGACUUUUUUAAAGAAAAAAUGGAUAAUGCAAUUUUUAACGCUGUUUUUUCUAAGAUCACGUCGUGUUUCGGUGUAAUAUUAUUAAUAAUAGAUCAAUAAAAAAAACGAGAACAUUAAAACUAUUUAAAAAUAAGACAAGAAGGAAUGCCAAUGUCACGCAAUCUGUAACGCUUGUCGCUUCUUGUAUAUUGUACGGUCGAAAUCGUGCAAAAUAAAAAUAUUAGCGCCGUGUUUAACACUUGAUAAUACCAAUUGAUGUGCCUCUUGACUUGUUAUAUAAAUAAAUAUAAAUUUGUAAAAUUAAAUUAACCGGUCGUGACCUGCUUGGUCUCUCAAGUCUUAUCCCGCAAGAGAUAUCUCAAUAGUACUAGUGAGCUUUAAGAUUGACUGUUGUAUUUGACAUUUUUAUUUGUUAUUGAACGUACUAUACCGGUUUACUCAUGUCGAUAUUGAAAGAGCUCUAUCUCCUGUCGAUUAUGUCAGUUAAAAUGAACUGCUUUGUGUUUGUAUUUGUUAUUAUUUAACCAAAACAUCAAUAAAUGCGUGACCAUCAAGAAAAAGAAGGCCAUACAACUAUGACGUAAAAGUCUGAUACGUCAUCAAAGAAAGGCCGAGGAUAAACUAACUUAAAAAUAUUUUUUUUAACAACAUUAUUUGACAUAACACAAUAUUUUUAUCAAUAAUAACUUUGGAUUACAUUAAAAACAGUCAAACAUUGUAUUAUUAACUUAAAAAUAAAAUUCAACCAAAGUUUGUAUUUAGAGUGUGAAGGGGCCUUUUUCGCCUCUCUUCUAUGCCGUCAGACGUGAGCCAUCAGGCCUUAUUUUUCUCGCUGGUAACGAUAAAUGUCAACCUUCAUAUAAUAUCAGUCUAAAUAUGCCGGAUGACUAGUGUAAUUUGACUUUUAACAUCGACAUGAGUAAACUAACUUGAAGUCUUUAAAAAUGAACUAUAUAUUCCUUUUUUAUCGAAUGUGUUGUAGCAAAGGCCAUAUUCUGAGCCUGAUUUAAGAAAAUAAAAGGUACGAAGUCCCUUUUUAUGAAUUUGUUUCGGUCGUAAAUGUCGAAACGUCUGUUUGGUCCACAGUUGGGAGAAACUUACAAAAAAAAAUAUGGUUGAGGGGUAAUUAAAUCUAGUUCGUAUACUUAAAACAAUGGAAAUGUUACUUAUCUAGUGGCAGCAUUUAGUCAUUUAUUAUAACGUUUUAGUAUUAAUAUGGAUAGCGACAAGUUACAUACUCUGUAAUAAAAUAGAAGAAAAAAAAACACUGUGCAAUAUACUUUAUAUAACUUACUGUCUGUCCUUUUCAAGUAUUAUUAUAUUACUACUAAUAUAUAAUCGUGUCACAUACAAACAUACGCUUUGUAUUUCUAGUUGUUACUAUAUAUAUUUCCACCCCUUUCAAUCUUCCUUUUUGCACAGAUUUUCUUGCCAUCGGUAUGUGUAUGAUAUUAAGUCUCUUUUAUUUUUUUGUUUUAUUUAAAUACUCGUUACUAUAUACCAAAGACCACAAGUGUCAUAUAUUUAAACGCUGAAUUUAUUAAAUUUCUUCGAAUUUCGCCAAAUUCUUCCAACAAAGGUUGUGAUAGUAAUAGUUUUUAGUGCUUCUUAUUCCGUAUGCGCCGAGCAUAACAAAUAUGUUAUUUUGUUUGUGUUUUUUCCUCCUCGUUUACGAUGAUUUCAACAUACCAGUGCGUUUUCUUUGCGCGUCACCGAGGAAACGGACCAACCGCGGACGUUUGCUCGGUGUUCGCCGCACAAAAACUUAAGUGCCUACGAAUAUGUGCAAUUCAAAAUAAUAUAAACGGGCCUGACUUUUAGACAGGGUUUUAAUUAAAGAAAAAUAAAACUAUUUAGGCGAAUUGAACGUGUGUGUAUAUUUUAAAUAAAGCGGCUAUGGUUGUAGCCCCCACCAAUGUAUAAAAAUUAACGCAGAAAAUAGUCGAAAAUAGAACAUAAGUAAGGGUGUGAGUUUUUGAUUGACUUAGUUCGAUCAGACGCGAACAAAAGCAAGUAUAACCUCAUUUUAAUCUAGUACAAUUCAACCUUUUUUUUUUUAAAUAAACUUGCUUCUGUUCGAGACCUGUCGAAAUGUAAUUUUGUUGAUCUCGUCCUCGGGCGACGAUUUAAAGCUAGCAUGGUACUGCCAACUGUAAAAAGAAUAUUGUAUGUCCUAAGUAUAAUCAAAGAGUUAUAUGUGUAGGUUAAUUGUACUAUAACGUUUCGUUGAUCGUACUAACCCGAAAAAUAAAGGCGUUUUGUUUAUCUGAACCGGAGCAUAUUCAAAAACGAAAUUCAAAAAUAAAGAAAGUAGAUAGAUAGCCGUGAGGUAAAAAUGAAGCAGACGUUAGGCCCUCAGUCUCAGGUGUUUUAGAGUUUAUCGUCACUCUUCUAGUUACGUAAGGUUUUUAAUAAUUAAGUCAAAUAUACUGAAUAACUAAAUGAAAAUACAUUCCUUAGGUAAUCGAGUUGUUUUUAGAGAUAUCUUGUUAAAUUAUUUAUUUAAAUUUACGUUCAAAGAAAGAGACAUUUUCGUUUUCGUUGUUUAGGAAAUCAAAAAAAAAACUAUAUGAAUAAAAUAAAUAAAGAAUAAAAACGGUAAUGCCUUAAAAAUGACAAACAAGUGUGCUCUCUGUCUAGUAUAUCGUAGAUUAAUAAGAUUCGUAGAUAGAUAAAAGCUCGUCGGAUUUAAAGCGGUCAAGAGAGACCUAAAAGACUGUAGAGGGAUACCGAGGGAUUAACGGGACCUUUACUCUAACCCUUUUAUUUCAGGGGGUUCCCUAAAAGUCCCUUUAAGACCGAGAACUUAGUUUCGGAGCCGGGAGAGAACACUAGGUCCACGAUUAAAGGUGCUCUAAAUAGCAGCUUAAUUUGAAUAAUGUAUUAAAAAAAGGAAUCUCCAAUAUAUAUUUUUUAAUAUAGUCCGCCGAGGUAUUUUCUUGUCAUAUCAAAUGAAUACUGAUAGAAGAUAAAAAAAGACACAUUGGUUAAUUAGUUAACAAAAAAAAACAUAAAAAAACGAUCGUGCCAAAAUUUCGCUUAGAAACCUUUUGCUCAUGGCGAUUGCGGCGAUGCCAAGUUUCCGUAGUCGCGUACGCUUACUUGCUGUGUAUAUUAACUUAUAAAUGCAAUAUGUGUAUAUAUGGCUGAUGAAAUCUUGUACAAUUGUUAUAAUUUCAUAGUAUAUUAUGUAUUAACUACUUAAUUAUUAGUAUAGGAAAUGUGUUAUGUAUUUAAAUAUUAGGAACUGAAUAAAAAAAACAAAAAAAAAUCCAAGUUUCUCCCAACUGUGGCGUGCAAACGUUUCGUCGUUUGUGGACUAACGAUUAACCAAACUUAUUUACAGAUGUUUAUGAUUAAUAAUGUAUAAGUGCAUCCUAUUUUGUCGCAUUUUAUCUAUAUAUACAACAUCGGACUGUGGAAAGAAGUAAAAAAUCUUUGUUUACAUUUUGGGCGAGGACUGAAUUGUGAUUUCGUUUGUUUUGUGAUAUGAGUACAAUUUUUGUGAUAUACUUGGAUAUUUAUAGUGUAUUAAAUAUUAAUAAUAAAUAGCUUUAGGUAAUUAUUUCGGUAUAAAUAAAAUAAUAUGCGAAAAAAUAACGGCUAAUUUGGGCGUCUGAUAUUAGUCCAAAAUAUACGAGUUUUAAAGUUUAAAAAUACUAUUGAGUUAAUAUUAAAUGUUGUUAAAGCCCGGUUGACACGGUACCAGUCAAGUACACUAAGAUGCUGCCAUAUACAGGGCGUCCCAAUAUUCCGUGGACAUAGAGCUACUACGUAUUUUUGGAAUUAAAAGAAGUUCAUUUGACACAAUUUACCUCUAUACAAAAGUGCUUUGUUUGUCCGCUAGAGGGCAUUAAACUUUAAAAAUAAUCACAUUUUUUCAGAUAUUUUAAGAACCAUUAUUCCUAUUUGAAUGAGAUUUUGGGUGUCUUUGUUUUGCUAAGUGGUUUAACAUUUGAUAUUCACAAAAAUCACACAAGCAAAAAUACGGGAAGGGUGAAAACUAUCUCCACCCCUACAUAAAUUUUAGUAUAAAUAUUUUCCAACUCAACCGACGACUCUUUUCGUUAAAUGUUCCUUCUAGUAUUUACUACAUUUUUUAUCUCUUGUUAAAAAAACGCCACAACGCAUAGUUUUUCAGAAAAAAAUUUUUGAAUACUUAUUUUUCCAAAACAGACCUACAAAACAGGGACUUCCAAUAUUUCGUGGACUUAGAACAACUGCGUAUUCUUUGAAUCAAAAUAAAUUAAUUGCACAUACAAUUACACCCUACAAAAGUGCUUCGUUUGUUCGUUAGAGGGCAUCAAUCAAAAACAAACCCGAACGUUAAUUUAAGUUAUUCAUUUUUUCAAACUUUUAUGAAGAUAUAGAGGUAAAUACAGUUAUUUGGCAACAUCCAAGUGUACUUGGUCCAAGUACACUUGGACCGUGUCAACCCGCCUUAAUAGAUUAAAAGAAGAAAAAAAAAUACUGGUACAGAGUAAAAUCAGAAGACCCACGAAGCCUAAUGUAAGAAGUCUCGUUCCGAGGCGAUCUAUUACCCUUUUAAUGUUCUUUUUAAAGAAAUUAAAUCCAGUCAACUUAAAAAUGAGAGAAAAUUCUUGUCCUAAUCUCUAGUACAAUCGAUAGGUGUUUUUUCGACAUCUACAAGAACGGUCCGACUCGCCUAGAUGUAAACAAAGAUCCUUUCUUCGCUGUAUAACAAUAAUACUAAUAUUAUUUAGCAUCACACAUGACUCGGUCGGUUGUUUUUAUUCGACCGCAACAAAUGGCCUAAAAGUUCCCUCCUGUUUCAGUCUAGUCCUGUUUCGAUUGCCCAUACUGAUGCGAACAUGUUAUUCCAUGUCUAUUGUCAUUCUUGUGUUUCGUAUAUGUGUUUACUUCGUCAUCCCCUAAGCCCUCUAUACGAACCUUCCAAAAAUAUGAAGAAAAUUCCAAAGUUCCUUAUGUUGCCUGUAAGUUUACGAAUUUAGUCUUUACUUCGUAUGGUUGUGUUUUUUUAUAUUAUUGGAGACACGGUUGAUUUUGAUUGUGUAUUUUUCGUGUUAUGUAUCAUCAAUAUUAUUCAUUCAGAGUCGAAUAAGGCAAUAUGAAAUUUCCUGUAAUUGACAGAUUCAAAUAUGUGAUAUUGCUGACAAUUUAAAAUUUUAAUAUUUAUCCGCUACUAUUAUCUACAGUGUCUAGAGAAAAUAAACAUCGUUUGACUGACGGUAUGAUUAUACCGUCCAAAAAAAUAACUGAUCGUUAUUUUUCUAGUUGGAUUGUCUAUAAGCGCUUGCAAAGGGGUAUUUUCUAUGAAAUUUAUAGACAAAAAGAUCUAUCGACAAAAAAAAACAAAGUCUGAUCUGAAAAAUUAAUUAAAAUGAAAAAAUAAAUAAAUAAGACAAAACGAAUCUCUGAUAUUGACAGUUUUUAGAAUAAACUUAAAAAAAUACAUGUCACACUGGGAGGGUAAACUCAGGGACCAGGCCAAAAGUCACGGUGAUAUCAAGUUAGACAAAAAUAAGAAAAUCAAAUGAGAUGAUAAAAUAAUUACACCCCUUUAAAUAAUAGUACACUUACUUAUAAAAUGAAAACUCAAUUAAAUGUCGUAGAAAAUUAUUUUCAAGUCUGUAUAAAUAUUUUGAAAGUUAUUAAAUUAAAUGCACCCUGCUGCACUGUUGUCGCGAUUUAAUUCUAAAUUUUUUAGUGAAAAAAAAAUGAAAAUGAAAUGCCUAUAUAAUAUUUAUGCGAGUCCAAUCAAGUCUCCCAACAAUAAUAAACAUAUACAGUGCAGAUGGGCGCCUAGGAUUAAGUUAGGUUAUGUAAGUGCUUUUGAACAACAUCCUGUUGUUUACGCUCUGUACUUGUAACCCAAAUGACCAGUAUGCAUUCAGUAAUAAAGGUUGUCUUAAUGUA